CAACUGACGGACAGGAACGAGAGAGUGCAAGUAAUGUAGGAGAUCUGUCCUGCUUCUUCUUGCCCAAGACAUUCUGUGUGCACGUUAUCAUUUCUUCUCCACCCACCUCCAUCCUAUACCACCCUCACGCCCAUUUCGACCCCAUGAGCCCUGGCCCUGGCCCUGCUGGAGUAUCGCACGCACUACUGUAAUCGACACCCCUAGAAGUGUGGUGUCGCCUGGUGAUGAUCACAUUCCCUCUACAUUAAUCAAAUCCUGCACUCCGACCGCACCACCCUCCAUAUUCAUAUUCCCACAGUCGCCCUCAUUUGAUGAUAUAUAUACAUACCCAACGAAAACCGACAUUCUUAUAACCUUCAUCGAAAUAGCAGGCCCAUACCAUAAUAGAACAACGAACAAAAGGCGAUGUCGACCACCGCAAUGGACGCUUCCAGUCCUGUGCCGCCGGGCCCAACGUCCACUCCCUCUCCUCUUUCCGCUCUUGCCUCAACACCUGCCUCCGGCAACACCGCCGCCACGAAUACCAAUAGCCUUGGCCAUCUCUCACCGCUACCCGCAAACACAUACCCUCCUAUCAUGUCGACGUCUCCCAGCGGCUCGCGCAAGCGCUCGAUACAGGAUUCUGAGAUGGGUGGCAUGGCCUCAGAAAACCAUCCGACGGCAGACAGUGAACGGAACAUGGAUGUCGAUAUUGAGACAACUGGGGAGACUAUAGGUGCUGGGGCCGGCGAUCGUACCAGCGUCUCGAUGCAACAAUCUACGACCACAACUACAACUACAUCUACCCCCGACGAUGACAAGGAGAAUCACGACGGCCUCUGGGCUCAGGCCCAUAAGGUUGCUGGGUCAGACGCUGAUGCCACUACCGCUAUAGCCACCGGUGAGGGCGAGGGCAACUCGAGUCUCGUUCCCUCGACAACACCCUCGUCAGAUACUGCUCGUACUGGCACUGCUGCUUCGGGUGCUGGUGCUGGAUCUUUCGCGGUGCCAGCGUCCAAGAAGAGGAAGCUUUCCCCGUCGAGCAAGGAGGCCAAGCAACAGGAGAAGGAGGCCAAGGAGCGGCUGAAGCAACAAGAGAAGGCGCGGAGGGAAGAGGAGAAGGAAGUCAAGGAGCGGCAGAAGGUGGAAGAAAAGGCUAGGAAGGAGGAGGAGAAGCGCAAGCGCGAGGCUGAACGAGAAGAGGAAAAGCGCGCUAAGGAAGAGGAGCGGAAGAAGCGAGACGCGGAGAAGGAGGAAAAGCGAAAAGUGAAGGAGGAGGAAAAGGCCGCGAAGGAGGAAGAAAGGCGGAAGAAAGAAGAGGAGAAGUCGAAGAAGGAGAGAGGACAAACGAAGCUGAAUUCUUUCUUCGUGAAACCCAAACCCGGCAUCGCCUCAUCGGCUCCUUCCUCGACCGUCACCACCACGACUACUACCACAUCACUCUCACCUCAGAAAAUGACCGGCGCUGGCGCUGCACCCGAAUCUUCUUAUGACCCGGCUCCCUCAGCCGUAUCGGAUUACCAGCGCGAGUUUCCUGACUUCUUCCUUCAGUCGCACACUAAAGUUGCGCCACCGCAUCAGUUCCAACGUGACGCAGACGCCCUCCAUCAUACCCAAGAAAAGGUAGAUGCCUACCUGAAAUCUGCCGCCACCGAGGAGCCUCCUGUUUUUCGCCCUUCUGAGCUCUUCAAUCUUAUUCCGUACAGACGACGACGUGGGAGGCAGACAGCCUCGGUGAAGGAAAUCCUACUUCAGAUGCAAAACCUGGCCGAUCAAGCCGAAACGUCGGAAGAUGCCCACAAGAAACCACAGGAGCUGCUGCGGCAAGUAAGAAUGAAAUCGUUCAGGUUUGGGGAGGAUGUGCGCCCACCCUACCAGGGCACGUUUACGAAGCGCCUUUCCGAGUCAACCGCUCAUCGGUUGAUGCGUAAUCCUUUCCACCGAGGACUACCGGAGGUCAAUUACGAUUACGACUCGGAAGCUGAAUGGGAGGAGCCCGAGGAAGGCGAAGAACUCGACUCGGAGGAGGAGGACGAGAUGAGCGAGGACGGUGAGGAUGACAUGGACGGAUUCCUGGAUGACGAGGAUGACCACCUUGUUGACGGCAAGCGACGCCUCAUCGUGGGCGACCUUGAACCUGUCAGCACCGGCAUCCGAUGGCAGGGCCACGGCGUGGAUUCCGAGCUGCAGAUGUACAAAUUGGAGACGAUUUCCGACUCGGUGCCUUUCCCUAUCGAUCCGUUCUCCACCGUGUACUGGCAGAAACCCAAGCCUGCAGAGUCCGCGCCGAGCACUAUGGGUCUGGGGCGGUCGACGCUGCAUGCCUUCAUGAGCCAGACGGUCUCCGGUUCCCACAAGGGUUCUGUUGGAGGGGGAUCGACGGCGGACGGGAGCGCAUUGGCGGUGGUGACAGCGGGACGAACGAAGCAGCGGACGUUUCCGGCCGAGAAGCUGGGCGAGUUCAAGCAGGUGGUGGAUGGCAGUGAUCUGACCAAGCUGGGAUUGCUUGAAAUCUUGAAGAAACGGUUCCCUAAAGUCUCUAAGGACGUUUUGAAAGACACGCUGAACAGCGUGGCCACGCGAGUAGGACAGAAGGAGGCUGACAAGAAAUGGGUUUGUAAAUAGACGUAGACGGCGGACCCCGAAAGAAGGAAGCGGCGAGACAGGUGGACAACGCAUCUAAGGAUAUCAUCAUCGGCACUCUCAACCCAGGGGACUGGGGUUCGAUCAAUUGCGCUAAUCGAUUGGCUAUCGGCAAGAAGCUGUGCCCCUCUCUUACAUAUCAAUAUCGAGUUUUCUUCUUCUUUUUCUCGUGUCAAUCUUUCUCAUACCCCCCUUUCCUCCCAGUCUCUUAUCUCGAACAUGGCCGUGUCCGCCGCGAGGCUGCGGUGCUGGAGAGACACAGAGACAGAGAGAUACGGCUGAUGAUAAUGUUUGCACCCGACACAUGGAUUGAUGCGCGAGCCUGCGAAACCAGGUGGGUUCUCGGUCUGCUGUCUCCUAGUGCCUCU